AUGUCGUACACCAAAUCUGUGCAAAUCCUACAAUCGUCGUCAGACCCUGUGUGGCAAGCAUCCGCACUGGAGGGCCUGGCUACCAUCGUUGUCAUCGAUUCAUGGUCGACAGGACAAGGCUUACAACAAUCAACCGCUGCCGCACGAGAACUAUGGGUACCGGUUGCAGAUAAACUCACGCAAGCAACCGCGUUAUACCACAAGCCCGUUUCCUUCGAAAACGAACAAGUCUACUCGCUUCUGACAUAUCUCUUUUGCUCUUGCGUCCUCCGCCAUACGUCACUACUAUACGCCAUAUGGUCCGCGAAAGGUUGGGGUCCUUUGGCAUUCACUGCAAUGCUUCAUCCGGGGCCAAAGCCGUAUCUACCACCCACUUUGACUCAUGACCGGAACAACGACAAGGAUGCCUUGGAGCGUCUAUCUUACACCUCUGGGGUCUCUCGAGCCUCCAUCGCUUCUGUGCUUGCACAGGCACACGGCCCCUGGUUAAUGCAUCUAGGACCCCGUGAAAGGAUAGCGAUUCUCGAAGCCAUGGCCAGCAUGUAUUCUUCCAUCGGUUACAAGCGCAAGGAGGCCUUUAUUCUGAGAGAGGUGCUUGGCUGCCUACUCGACCUCAUAGUGUGCGGAAGGGAAGAAGAUGGCAUGUCCCAACCAACGGCCCUCCCAAGCGGACUUGGAAUCCACAACAUGACCCCAGCUCCAACGUCGAAUUUUGCUACAGUGGGAAUUAGGCUCAGCGAAAGUCCUCGAGGCAAUGAAAGUAUUCUAGCUGUUCUCAAACAGGCUUGCAGAGUCAUGGGGCUUGACCUCGACGCGGUUCAGCUCCUUGAUCCGGACGAGAGCAGACCCCCCGUCACCGACGCCAUCCUCUUCAAGCAGUACGACGAAGAAGAAACCGCCAUCUUCCAGGAGCCUUGUGGCUGGGCUGAGCUUCAGGUCGGGAUUGUCCGUGAAGCGGUCGCGGUGGCCGAAGCACUGCCAGAUGCGCUCAAGGUGGCGCUGCGUCGCGGAGAUCGACGAAGUGUUGAGUAUUGGUCAGGAAGGCCUGUCAUCGAUAUUGCGCUAACACCAUUACCGUCCAUUCGAGUGCCAAUCGAGAAAUCGAAAGGGGUCCUUCAGUCUCAGGGAAGCGCUGUCCCGCUUAUUCUUCAAGGUGGAACAGACCCGUUCCUGUACAAUCCCAGACGAGCACAAGCCGGAAAGGGACCCGCCUUGGUGGUGCAACACGAGCCACUGGAAUUCUUCGUCACGUUGCAAAACCCGUAUGUGUUUGAGAUCGAGUUAGAAGAGCUGUCUCUCAGUACAUCCGGAGUCGCGUUCACGACCCAGCCCAUUCGCUAUAUAAUACCACCACAAUCGACAUGCGAGAUUGUUCUAUCUGGUACACCGGAGGAGACUGGAACGCUUGUCGUGAGAGGAUGCAUAGUCCGCGCGCCCGGUGGUGUAUCCAAGGAGUAUAUCCUUCCUCUCCAUACCGACCAGGAAGAGGACCGUUUGAUGAAGAAGCGUCAGUCACUUGCCUGCGAGUUCGGUCGGUAUAAGUACCCCGGCCUAGAUUGCUAUCCCUGGGAGAAGGAACAGCGCCGCCAGAGCCGACAGAUAACGGACAGGUCUUCAUCGUCCUCAGGCUCUUCCUCGACCACGGCAAUCUCCACCUUCAAAUUCCUAGAAUGCAAGGUCGUACCCGAGCAACCUUUGUUGAGAAUCCGGAGAACCACUAUCACACAUGGAGCUCUCAUGCUUUACGACGGGGAAAGGUCCUCGAUACGUCUUACGAUCGAAAACAUAUCAACCCACCCGGUGGACUUUUUACGCCUUGCCUUUGAUGAUUCGACUGUCGCCCCCGCCCAGCAGUUGCUUCAAGAAGGCAACCUCUCGGUUUUUGAAACCUACGAGACUGAGCACAGUCUCAUCAACUCUCCUGUUUUCUCGUGGGACUCGAGCGAAGCCAAAACAAUUGCACCAAACCAAAACUUGACCUUGAAUGUCGAUUGUUUCGGAAAGGUUGGCUGCGUCCAAGGGACCAUUCACCUCUCGUAUUCCUACAUUGAGCGGGAGGAAUCCAAGUCGUCUGACGUGUUCUAUGUUCGCCAGCUGUCAUAUCCGCUUUCCGUCACCGUCUACCACAUGCUCGAAUGCCAUGAGAUGGACGUGCUUCCUUUCCCAUCCUACGUCGACAACGAAGAUUUCCAAAAACGCUUGAAAGCUGGAAAAAAGAAAGAGGUUCGAAACGCUUAUGGUUUACCAUUUGACGUCACCUUCUCUCGGAUGGAGGAUGGGAAGGCAGUGGCCUCGACAACCACCACCAUACCUCCAGGAUCGAUGUCAAGGAUUGUCCUUCCCAUUAAGAAGAUGAUUCUUCCGGAAAGUGUUACUAGCCAACCUAUCCCGACUCUAUCAGAUCGACAGUUCGUUGUAACAAAGUCGGGACUCACGGACGUGGAGCAAAAGCUGCAAAGGGAACUCUUCUGGUACCGAGAAGAGUUGUUCAAAUGUGUUCGAGGACAAUGGCAAGAGACAGGCGGAAUCCGCAAAGGAGAACUGUCCCUUCGUUCACAACGAAUGACGCUCCAUAUGCUGGAAACGCUGCGGUUGGAAGCUGCAAGAGUACAGCUUUCCUUGGUUUCUGCGACAGGCGAUGAACCUAUCACGAAGUCUGGAGGAAAAUACGAACCCACCGCGAAUGAAUUCAUCUCACUCUGUGUGAAGGUACAAAAUAUCUCAGAUUCACCAACUGUCUAUGUCAUGGAUCUUGAGAUUGUACCCAGCGAAUCCAUAAUACACGAGGGGAUCUUGAACGACAUUCCUGUGGACCGCCUGGAUGUUGGAGAAACGCGGGAAUUCACAAUCGGUGUCUGCUUCUUGUCCCGAGGACACUUCGAGAUCUCUGCCCAAGUACGGCCGUUCAACGUCCCUCACCUCGAGGCCCGGACAACCCGUUCGACACUAAUGGCUGUUGUCACCUGA